UAGUAAUCGCUGAUUGUCACAACAUCAAAAUGAAUCUAAAAUAGAAUGGUAUUUUAACAAUAUAAUUUUUAUUACCUAUAUCCUAGAUUCAUCAAGUCUAUGCUGCCGUAGUUUAAAAUGUAUCGUGCAAUCUAAACCUUCCAAAGAAGAAUCACCAAGACCAAAAAAACAUCAUUGUGUUUACGGAAGUAAACCAUAUUAUUAAAUUAAAAUAAUUAAGAUAAAAUAUGAAUAUGGAACAAUCUCAGCAUAAAAUAGAAAUUAAUUCUGAUCCCGAAAUUUUGAAUCCAUCCGAUUGCUCCUGCAUUAAUUGUGAUACUGUGCGUUGUUUUACAAAAUUUACAAACCAAAACCGAAUUACAGAUAAGAGUUCACGUGAAAAAUACAAAAAAUCAAAAAUAUCCUUGAAUCUUUCCAACCAAAGAACAGAUUUUAUUGACAGCAAAUCUGUUUUGACAGAAAAUGUUUCUAACCUAGUAAAAAGUGGCGAAAAACCAAAAAUAUUAUUAGAUGAUAUUUCUAGCAUGAUAAAAGAUGACAAAGACCUAAAAGUGUCUAUAGAAAAGAAGGAACAAUUCAGAAAAGAAAUUAAUUAUGAACACAAUAACAUUAAUACCCAUAUAACGGAAAAAAAGUCUAAGUAUAUCUAUAAAAUUACCAAAUCAAAAGAUAAGAUUAAUAAAAGUAAUGAUGUUAAUGAGGGGCCUGCUCAAAUUCGUACAGUUUCUGUAACUUACUCUCGUAGAGAAAUAAGUCCAAACACUGCACAUUUAAGUGCUGACAUAAUGAAUUUGCCACUCAAAGAUUUCAAGGAAUCGAUUUCUAUUAAUCCCACUGCGAGUCCAUCAUGUAAAGUAAUAAAGAAACUAUCUAAAUACGAUAUUUUUAAGCGUAUAAAGGAAGCUUAUAAUGCAUGUAGGUGCAAAGUCUGCGAUUGCAUUGUUGGCACAUCUUUACUAAAUAGUAAUCAAUGUAAAUGCAUUCCUUGUGAAUGUAAAGAUUGUACAGAUUUCAUGAAAAAACUUAACGAGAAAAUUAAAAAUGUACCACCUAAUGGAUGCGCUUGUAUUCGCUGCGAUAGAAGUCAAUGUAAAGGAAUCGUAGAUGAAGGAUUUCAAAGUUGUGACUGUAUGCGGUGCACCAACAAUCUGUCUAAACCUUGUGACUGCAUACCCUGUGACUGUUUAGAAUGUAGAGCAGUGACUGAAAAUAAAGCUAAUACUAUAGUGGUAGCACCAGUAGGAGAAGAUUAUCAAAGCAAUACAUGCCAGUGUUCUCCUUGCCAAUGUGCAGAAUGUGGACAUGGCUUUCCAUUAUCUACCAAUUUAAUGCAUGAGAUGUCAACAGAUAUGAGUAGACAUAUAAAUUGUCGUUGUGAGAAUUGUAUUUUGCAAACGUGUGGAGCAGACGACAAUGAUGAUUGUAUAUGUGAUAGAAUGAAUAAAGUUAUGAAGAAACCAGUUCAAAGAGAUUCACAUGAUUAUGAUAUUAGGUGUGCCUUAAUUAAUACUAUAAAGCCAGCAUUAGGUCCUAUAAGUAAGCGUCCAGAAACCUAUAAUAAAAUUGCAAUGUUUACAAAUAAUUUUCCAGGAUUAAAUACAGACCUAUGUAGUUGCGAUGAAUGUCAGUGCAUAUACUGUAAAAAUAAACACAAAACUGUGACAAAAAAAUGUACUACUAUUAAUCCUGUUAAAAGAGCAAGUUCAGAAAAUUAUAACUCAAUGAAUAUGUACAUGACUGGUGAGUGUCCUGAAUGUAAGGAAAUGUUGAACUGUAGGGGGGAUGUCUACAACUGUGUGAGCUGUAAGUGUGAAAACUGUAUGGCUUUAGUGUCGCUUAAGAUACUAAACUCUGAUAAAGCAAUACAAUAUGAUUUAUAUGAACGAUUUCAUUCCAAUGAUAAGAAACUGAAUUUUAUUUAUGGGAGUAAUAUUAUGACUACUGGCAAUUAUAAGCAAAGAUUUACAAAAACUGAAAGUUAUAUUUUAAAGUAUGAUGUUUAUAGUCAAUGUGAAGACAAUUUCAGAAACCCAAUUUUCAAAAAGAAAAACAAUAUGAGUUACCAAGUAUCAAAUUGCAUAUCUAAAGAAGAAAGAAACCAAUUAUUUAAAAAAGCUUUUAUACAUCCUUCAUUUAUAAGUUGUUGUAAUAGAUCAACCUAUGAUAAUGCUAAUUAUUUAAUCAAAUUACCAAAAACUACUGCUGAAAAUUGUCUUAAUGACGUCAAGAAAUACAGUUUGAAUAGAAAUUACAAUUUUAAUGGGCUUAAUAUGAUUAGAUCAGGCAUGGAAUAUACCAAUCAUAUGAAAUUGUAUAAAAAUAAUGAAUUCUCAAAUAAUAAUAAAAAAGUUUACUUAAACAGUUUAUGUAAAUCUACUGAUCAAAUUAAAGUACAAAAUAAUGUCCCAAUAAAAGCAAAGAAACUUAAAAAACGAAAUGAUAUCUUUUAUACUUUUUCUGAUAUUUUUUAUUCAUCUAUUUCACAAGAUUUUAAUAUAGUACAAAUAGGGAAAAAGAAUAAUAAUACAGAUUUAUUUAAUGAAAAGAAACACAAUGCAUUAUAUAAUGAAGGAGCUAUUAUUUCAAAACCCAAUGAACCUAAGUCCAAUAACACGAAAGUUAAGAAUUAUAUUGAUUAUGAAAGGGUACAGAAUAUAUUAAGCGAAGCUACGGCUUAUUCAUUAGAGUUAAUGAAGAUAUUACAAAAAUAUGAGACAGCUAACAGAGAAUUUCAAAGUAUAUCAGAAAAACUCAAACAACACAGUAACACUACAAGUUAUAUUUAUCAGCAUGAAACCUACGAAACGGAAGAUAAAGAUAUUAAUAAAAAUAAUGAAAUAAUAAAUAUAGAUAAAAAGUUUUUCAGAAUACAUAAUAUAAUUGAUAAUAAUAAAGAGGAUCUGAAUUAUAAUAAUAGCGCUGAUGAUAAUAUAAUAAAUGAGUUAUACUUACAGGAAGAUAUAUUAGCACAUAAUACUGAAAUUGACAAUAAAGAUAAUAUUAAAUUAUUGAGACAAUUUGAAGAUACAAAACAUAUUAUUAUGAAAAGUAACUCUCAAACAUUAAGUGCAAUUUUAAACUGUAAGGACGAACUUGUCAGUUCUGUAUCAAAUAAAAAUAGCUUUAUAAGACACAAUAAUGACAUAGUUACAAUAAAUGAAACAGCAGCUGAAUUGUAUGGAACUGAGGAUCAUUCUAACUCCAACCUAGCGAAAACUAUGCCUACGAAAACUAAUUUAGAUGACAAAGAUACAAAAUUGAAGAAUACUGAAGAGAAAAAGAUUGAAUUUGCUGGAUAUACUAAAAAUAAAAAUAUUGGGUCUAAAUCAUGGUCAGUCUUAAACAAAAAUGUUGAUUUGAAUAGAAAUUCUAGCUACAAACAGAAGGACAUCUGUGUUUUCACGUCUAUAGAAACGCAAUAUGAAGAAGUCUUGAAAUCAGUACACAGCGAAAUAAAAGAGCCAAGGAAAAAUGAAGCUGCAUCUUCAUAUGAGAACGAAGCUCUGGCAAAAUUACAAAAGGAUGUAAAAAAAAUAUUAGAUUCGCCAAUAUUUCAAACUAUGAAUAUCAUAACAUUCAAAUCUGAUACAAGCACCCAAACAUUAAAGUUAUUUCCAAAGGUGAAACAAAAGAUUGGAACCAAAUAUUAUACGCCAGCGUCAACACAAACAUACCACUGUGUUACUAUUAGUGUUGAAAAAGAAAUGAACUGCCCUAGCACCACGGAAUCCAAAAGCAUUCACGAUGCACUGAAAGUGAGUUUCCUUGGACUGAGAAGAGUUUCGGAUCACACAGUUCGCGUGAAAUGGAACGUACCUCAAAAUAUCUCCGAUGUAUAGGGGAUAUGAGUUGCUAGUCGACGGUCGUGCAGUGCAGAACAUCUUCAGUCCAUCAAGGAGCAUGGCAGUUGUCACGUGUUUACCUCACAGUGAUAAAGUGUUACUCAGUAUAAGAACUAUCACAUCAUCGUCACUGACCACUAUCCAGCCAACACCAUAGUCUACCGUCCACGCAUCAAGUAAAUUAAUGCUCAUAAUAAAUUCAAAAGGUAUACUUAAAUAUCUGAAAAUAAACUUAA